AUAUGAAGUCUUCUUUAGAGAACGGGUCGGUACAAUUAAUUGUGUGCAUCGGUUGGCUUACAAAUUUGUGAUUUGGAAUAGCGUAGCAUGCACCUUCGCCCUGUUCUUCUCAUCAUUCUUCUCGUCAUUGUUGUAGAGCCUGUUGGGCAUCCUCCUUCUCCACGGGGCAGAGGUGGCACGAGGGUGUUUUAGCAUGGAGAGGGAGGCGCUGCUGGAGUUCAAAGCUGGUGUCGGAGACACCCGCAACCGGCUAUCUUCUUGGACAGGCCACCACUGUUGCACAUGGAAGGGAGUGGCCUGCGACACCACCACUGGCCACGUCGUCAUGCUGGACCUCCGAAACACAAAUACUACAGAUGAUUGGGCAAUUACGCGCGGGAUCCGCAUACCGGAAUUCAUCGGCUCCUUCAAGAAACUGAGAUACCUCAAUCUAUCUUCUACACAAUUCAUGGGAGGAAUACCUGCUCGCGUGGGGAACCUUUCGAGCCUCUACGUUCUUGAUCUAAGCGAUGCUUUAUACGUCGAUGAUUAUGGCAACGGAUAUCCCGUCGACAACCUCGACUGGCUCUCCCAUCUCACGUCCUUGAAGCACCUGAACUUGAGCGGGUUGAACCUAAUCGAUGUCCCAGAUUGGUUCUCGGCGGUGAACAUGCUGCCGUCCCUCCAGGUGUUAAACAUGUCUUACGGUGGUCUCAAUAGCAUCCCGGUUUCUGUUGUCCACGUCAACUUCACCUCCUCUCUUACCGUCCUUGAUCUCCAUUAUUCUGGGUUCUAUGGCGUUAUUCCCGAUGCAAUUGGAGACUUGGGCGGACUGAAAGAAUUAUAUAUGACGGGCAACCAAUUGACAGGAAAUUUGAGCGGUUGGUUGGAGCAAAUGACGAAUCUCAUCAUUUUGGAUCUCCGAUCUAAUUUAUUCAACUGUUCCAUGCCUUCUUCCGUUGGUAAGCUAUCUAAUCUCACUGAAUUGUAUCUCGGUGGAAAUUCUCUGAGAGGUAUCAUUUCAGAAGUUCAUUUUGAGAAUCUUACAAGAUUACAAGUAUUAGACUUGUAUGGUACCUCCAUCACCAUAUCAAUUGGCCAGAGUUGGGUCCCCCCUUUCCAACUCAGAUUAGUAGAUUUAACUAAAUGUCAGUUGGGACCUCAAUUUCCAGAAUGGUUGCAGUUUCAAACACAGAUCGAAGAAUUAUAUUUGGCAGACUGUAAAAUUGCAGGGACAAUGCCAGCUUGGUUUUGGAAUAUUUCAUCUUCUACCAUCACAUAUUUAGACCUUUCCAACAACCAAAUAGGAGGCAAGCUGCCAUCUUCUUUAAAGUUCACCAAGUUGGUAAUAUUAUUUUUGUAUUCCAACAGAUUUGAAGGUCCAUUGCCAACGAUGCUACCGUCUACACUUGAAACUCUAUACCUCUCCAAUAAUUCCUUUACAGGGCAAUUGCCGAUAUGGCCCCAUGUUAGAUUUGUGUCAAUCUCAGAUAACAUGCUCGACGGUGGCUUAUCUUCAUCAAUCUGCCAAUGGACAUAUCUCGAAUACCUUGACCUUUCGAACAACAAAUUACUUGGUGAGAUCCCUUAUUGUCUAGGGGAGUCAUUACAAAAUCCUCAUUUCUUGAAUUUGGCCAACAAUCACUUCUCGGGUGAAAUUCCACACACGAUCGGUUUUUUAAGUGAGCUUUUGCUAUUGCAACUGCAAAAUAACAGUUUUUCGGGUGAGGUUCCUUUGUCAUUGAAAAAUUGUACAAAUUUAUGGUGUCUUGAUCUAACUCAGAAUAAUCUUGUCGGAAGCAUAACGCUAUGGAUGGGAGAAAAUCUACAACAACUGGUAGUGCUUCGUUUACGUUCAAAUAUGUUUUCAUGAGUUAUUCCUUGGCAACUUGCUCGAUUUGAACGGCUUCAAAUAUUGGAUCUUGCGAAUAACAACUUCUCUGGUUCAAUACCUCACAACAUUGGUAAUUUAAAUAUUAUGAGAUCAACAUCACAACAUUAUGAAUUUUGUUCUAAUGAAUUAGAUAUCUUUACGAAGGGACAAGAUCUUCAUUAUUUAAAAUGCAGCAUGCAACUUAUGAAAAGUUUGGAUCUUUCAAAUAAUAGUCUAAUCGGAGAGAUCCCGAAAGGAAUUGGAGAUCUUGCAGGACUCAAGAACUUAAAUUUGUCAAGAAAUUAUUUACAAGGAAAAAUCCCUUGGGAGAUAGGAGGAAUGAAAUCAUUAGAAUCCCUUGAUCUAUCGAUAAAUGAUCUUUAUGGUAGUAUUCCUGAGAGCUUAUCGGCUUUAUAUUUCUUGAGCUAUUUGAAUUUGUCAUAUAAUAAUCUUUCGGGAAUGAUACCAUCUGGUCGUCAACUUCAAACACUCAAUGAUCCAUCCAUUUACAUGGGUAAUGCCGACUUAUGUGGACCACCCACUUCCAAAAGUUGUUUUGAUAAUAAAACAACUCAAAUUGAUAUACAAGAGCACGAGAAGGAGAUUUCCGAUUGGCUAUGGUUCUAUAUUAGCAUGGUACUAGGAUUUGUGAUGGGAUUUUGGAUAUUUUGUGGUAUUCUCUUCCUCAAAGACGCAUGGAGGCAUGCUUAUUUCCAUUUCAUUGAUGAUGUGUAUGAUUGGGUUUGGGUGCAAUGGAAAUUAAUUCUUCCACGAUUGUUGAGACGUUAAUCCUAAAAUUUCUAGCGUGGAUGAUCCUAGGCUUUCCGGUAGAUGAGGAGAAGAAUUUUGUCAAAAAACCGACUCAAUGGGCCUAUUCCAGCUUCUUUGUGUGAUGGACAAUCAAAAGGAUUGCUUGAGUUGAGGUUUGUGCUGUAGUCUAACAUCCCAAAUCUUCCCACAAUUCCUUCUACCUAAUACUAAUAUCUUAUGAACUUUAUGUUCUGCAAAGAGUGGACAACAAUCCGGAUAUAUGUCUCUGUCAUAGUACAUGUCAAAUUGGCAGCGAAGGAAGGAAGCUUGCUACAGUCACCAUUGUGCUGAUCUCUGUCGUCCCAGUGCUGAUUAUACUGCUGCUCCUAUCAUUGCUUUUAUUCUUCUUGAGGAGAAGAAAAUAUACAACAAAAUUAUAUAAAAAUAGUCAAACAUUGAGUUGGAGAGAACGAAUUCGGAUAGCAGUGGAAGCCGCACAAGGUCUGGAGUAUCUACACAAGGGAUGUGUGCCACCUAUAAUCCAUAGAGAUGUGAAGACUAACAAUAUCCUCUUAACACAUGACUUUGAGGCAAAGGUAGCAGAUUUUGGGCUGUCAAAAGUCUUUCCUGACCGAUGCCCAGACUCACGUAUCUACUGAUGUUGUGGCUGGCACUCCAGGAUACAUAGAUCCCGAGUAUGUUUUCUACUUCACAGAAGUUUGCCAGAUAAUAUUUGCAGUGUGAAUUGCUCAGGAUUUCCUUGAUUGCCCCUCUACUGACAAGUCGGUUUAAUUUGUUUUAUAGAGAACUUAAGAAUUACUUUGGCAACUAAAUGAAAAAGAGAAUGAUGGAGAAUCACAAUGAGAAGAAACACAAAUAAAUGUUCUUUUUCCAAAUGUGAUGCAGAUUUCUUUCUUAGCUAACUUUCCAAGAGGAGAAUCACGAACAAUUGUUGCA